CAAUCCCCCUCCACCUCACCCUCCCUAAAACUAAAAUCCAAUUUUUCAAUAUUUUUAUAUUAACAAAAACUUUGCCUUCAUUUCCUUAAAAACAGAAGAAAAACAAAAUAAUAUAACUCACUCUCGCUUUCUGUUCUCUCUUCCCCAAAUUACCCCUCCCAUCACCACAUGGAUCACCGAACAAUCACCACCAGACGAAGCGUCAAGAGGAAGCUUGAGCAGGAAUUCCACGAAGAACGAGAUCCUGCUCACAAGCGUACUGCUAUUUCCAUAGAUGUGGAUGAUGUUGUUGAUGACGAUGUUCGGGAGGAUCUCGCGCGUGAAAUCCAUGCGCAUGUUGAUGUUCUUAACUCGAAUUUCUCGUCUGUUGAAGCCGAUCGCGGUGCUGCUAAACGCGCUGUUAAUUUGCUCGCUCAGUUGGCAAAAAACGAGGAGGUUGUGAAUUUGAUUGUUGAGUGUGGUGCUGUGCCUGCUCUAGUAACGCAUCUUAAGGCGCCACCGCCGCUGAGAGGUGAAAGCGUACCGAAGCGCUACGAGCAUGAAGUGGAGAAAGAGAGUGCUUUCGCGCUUGGACUUCUUGCAGUUAAACCUGAGCAUCAACAACUCAUAGUGGAUGCUGGAGCUCUAUCGCAUCUGGUUGACCUGUUGAAGAGAGAUAGAAGAAGUGGUAACCCUCGAGCAGUCAAUGGUGUUAUUAGGAAAGCAGCUGAUGCAAUCACUAACCUUGCUCAUGAAAAUCAUGCCAUUAAAACACGUGUCAGGAUUGAAGGUGGCAUCCCUCCUCUUGUUGAACUGCUUGAGUUUGUUGAUGCAAAGGUACAGAGAGCAGCUGCAGGGGCCUUGAGGACCCUCGCAUUUAAAAACGAUGAAAAUAAAAGUCAGAUUGUAGAAUGUAAUGCUCUACCAACUCUUAUACUGAUGCUUCAGUCUGAAGAUACUACCCUACAUUAUGAAGCGGUUGGUGUGAUUGGAAAUCUGGUCCACUCAUCUCCAAGCAUAAAGAGAGAUGUUCUUCAGGCUGGAGCUCUACAACCUGUAAUAGGUUUGCUGAGCUCCGACUGUAUGGAAAGUCAAAGAGAAGCAGCUCUAUUAUUGGGUCAAUUUGCUGCUGCUGAUUCAGAUUGCAAGGUGCAUAUUGUUCAAAGAGGAGCAGUCCGACCGUUAAUUGACAUGCUGGAGUCCUCAGAUGCACAACUCAAAGAAAUGUCAACUUUUGCACUUGGGAGGUUGGCACAGGAGACACACAACCAAGCUGGCAUUGCUCAUGAAGGUGGGAUAGGUCCAUUACUUAAGCUACUUGAAUCAAAGAACGGAUCCUUGCAACAUAAUGCUGCUUUUGCAUUAUUUGGCCUUGCGGAUAAUGAGGAUAAUGUCACUGAACUUGUCAAGGUUGGCGGUGUUCAGAAACUCCAGGAUGGAGAAUUCAUUAUCCAACAAACAAAGGAUUGUGUUGCAAAAACAUUGAAAAGGCUCGAGGAGAAACUUCAUGGACGAGUGUUGAGCUACCUCUUAUAUUUGAUGCGGGUUGCUGAGCGAAUAGUUCAAAGACAAAUUGCUUUGUCCCUUGCUCAUCUUUGUGCUCCUGAUGAUCGAAAAACUGUUUUUCUUGAUAACAAUGGUUUGGAGUUACUAUUGGAUCUUCUGGAGUCUGGAGACAUAAAGCAGCAAAAGGAAAGUGCAUCAGCUUUAUAUAAGUUAGCCACCAAAACUACAUCAUUUUCACCAGUGGAUGCUGCUCCUCUCUCCCCAACUCCCCAGGUAUAUUUGGGAGAGCAAUAUGUCAACAAUCCCACUUUGUCUGAUGUUACAUUUUUGGUUGAAGGUAAACGAUUCUAUGCUCAUAGAAUUUGUUUGCUUGCUUCUUCGGAUGCCUUUCGUGCAAUGUUUGAUGGGGGUUACAGGGAGAGAGAUGCUAAAGAUGUAGAGAUUCCAAAUAUCAGAUGGGAUGUUUUUGAGUUGAUGAUGAGGUUUAUAUAUACAGGGUCUGUGGAUGUUCAUAUUGACAUUGCACAAGAUCUCCUUAGAGCUGCUGACCAAUAUCUUUUGGAAGGUCUAAAGCGUCUUUGUGAGUGCACCAUUGCUCAGGAUAUCUCUGUGGAUAAUGUUUCACUUAUGUAUGAGUUAUCCGAGGGCUUUAAUGCUACAUCAUUAAAAGAAGCAUGCACUCUCUUUAUCCUUGAGCGAUUUGACAAAUUGAGUUCCAAGCCAUGGUGUUCUGAUUUGAUCCAACAAAUUCUGCCGGAGAUGGAGAACUACUUUACAAAAGCACUUGUGAAGCCCAUCAAGCAAACUUGAGGCAAGACAGCUAUAGACUAACUAACUACGUGAAGGCAAAGGCGAAAGGAUGUACAGAAAUUUUUGAAGCUAAUGCUGCUAAUUUUCUUAGAAUAUUCAUAGUGUAGUGCCCUGCAAUAAUUCUUCUAAACCAGUUCAAAUGGCAGAGUUAUUCUUUUAACAGCCAGUGGCGUAUCAGGUCAGGUGCUUAAUUAGCACUCUCAGUCUCAGCUUCAGUGCGCGGUUGAUAUGUCUAGCAGAUUUAUGAGAACACAAUGUAACCAACUUUUGAUAUUAGAUUUUUUUUCUUUCCAUUAGGACCAUCUAAUGGUUUUGGUUUUGAAAAGUUUUGAAAGGGAAGUAAAGGAAGUUGCCGCACAAUUGUUUUCUGUAACAGACAUCUCACAGUAUAUCCAAAUUAAAAUGCUGCUCUCUAAUCUAA